AUGGGGCAGGGGUGGAGGGUGGUGGAGGCGCCCGGAGUUUCUUGCACCUGCUCUCCCGCCGCGCUAAAUCAGCGUGGAGCCAGUGAAGUCUCCCGCGGCCCGGCCCCUCCAAGGGCUCCUCUCUCCUUUGUAACACCCAACCGGAAGCCCACGCUAACCUUUCUGAUCUUUGCCUCGUCAUUUUCUCUUGUAGGCAGUGCGAUUCGUAAGAGUGUCUCCGUGUGUUUCUGGGUCCGCCAGAUAAAUGCUCCUUCUUCCCCGCAGGCACCGUUCUGCUUCAGGUUUAGCUUCUGCUGUAUAGACCCGGAUGCAGCGAAGGCUCAGCGGGGCGGACUCCGGCUGAGCUCUACUGGGUGGAGGCGGCAGGGAGGAGGAGAGCGCCAGUCCGAACGCUUCACCCAAUCAGCAUACACACCGUCUGACAACCGGCCAAUCAGAGUGCGCAGAGCUUGGGGCCGAGCGGUUAAUACUAGGAGGGGGAGCCGAGGCGGGAGGCCAGAGCCGGAGGCGCAGCACCAAACGCAGCUGAGUGAAUCUGUCCGGGGAGCCCGAGGACGAUCCGAGCCAGGCCGGCGAUCUGAUCCGAGGCAGGCCAGGGGCUGCCUGACCUUUCCGCCUCAGCUUGGGUCCGAGGAAGCUGCAAGCGGCUUCAGCAAAGCGCAAAGCCCCAGGCUGCAGAGGCCCCCUAAGAACUUUGCAGAGUUCAGCAUGUGUGGAGCAAGGUGGAGGAGGAGGACCUGACUCCUCUCCUCUCCCUCCCCCCCCUGCACCCCACCAUCCUGGGCGCUUCGGGCCUCCAGGUGUCAGAUCUGAUUUCGUGCCAAAGGGUGUCGAUCCCGAUUUCCUCGUGCAUGCACAGCUUGCAGCCUAAGAGCCAGGUCUUAAAGCUGGAUGUCUUUUGACUCCACUGCUAGCCCGGGUGUCAACAUUUUGGGUGUGGGCGUCGGAGCCGAGGAGGCCCUGCGCGCCAUGGCGGACCGGCUAGCAGGCCCGGGGGCCGGGGACUGGGAGAUCGACGUGGAGAGCCUGGAGCUGGAG